AUGCAUUGCCAGCCGAACAUGCAACAAACAAUGAGCUGGGAUAAUCUGCCCUUCGGAUCUAUGAAGUACCAGGUGUCGAAGCAAAGCGCCACACCAUAUACCGAUGCGACAAAUUGUAAAAAAUCAAGUAAUCACAUCAAACGACCGAUGAAUGCGUUCAUGGUAUGGUCGCAAUUGGAACGACGGAAGAUCUGCGAGCAUCAACCAGACAUGCAUAACGCAGAGAUUAGUAAGCAGCUCGGCUCUCGUUGGAGACAGCUCACUGAAGAGGAGAAGUCGCCCUUUGUUGCCGAAGCUGAACGACUACGCCUCAUGCACAUGCAG